GUCACCACAAGACGCAUGCCAUUCUGCAAGCAUGGCAAACAAGUUAGGGUUUGAUCAUAUUUUAAAGUCCGCCAACCAAUUUGAGAAGGAAAAUCCUGUGGGUUUUUUCGAGAGUGCGCUUGACGGUUGAACUCGAACUUCCAUCAUGAGUCGUGACGAUGAAUAUGAUUAUCUUUUCAAAGUGGUGCUUAUUGGCGAUUCCGGCGUUGGCAAAACCAAUCUUCUUGGCCGAUUCACACGCAAUGAGUUUAAUCUAGAAUCCAAGAGUACCAUUGGUGUUGAAUUUGCCACACGUAGUAUUGAAGUGGAUAACAAAGUGAUCAAAGCACAAAUCUGGGAUACAGCUGGCCAGGAACGCUAUCGUGCCAUCACCAGUGCUUAUUAUCGCGGCGCAGUGGGUGCUUUGCUGGUAUAUGAUAUUUCCAAGCAUUCGACGUAUGAGAGCGUGAGUCGAUGGCUCAAGGAACUCCGAGAUCACGCGGAUUCCAAUAUUGUUAUCAUGCUUGUGGGCAACAAGAGUGAUUUGAAACAUUUGCGAGCCGUGCCCACCGAAGAUGCCAAGCAGUUUGCUGCUGAGAAUGGCUUGUCGUUCAUUGAAACUUCAGCUUUGGAUGCCACCAACGUUGAACUUUCUUUCCAAAAAAUAUUAACAGAAAUCUAUCGGAUUGUGUCCAACAAGGCGCUGGAAUCAUCAAAUAAUGCUAUUAAGCCUACCGGAGGUCAAACGAUCCUUGUGUCGCAAACCCCUGACGAACAAAAACAAGGUGGUGGAUGUUGUUAGACGAGAAGGAAAAAACAAGUUACAUUCUAUCAUUUUUUCUUGGUACUUCCCUUUUUUUUUUUUUUGUCGUUGUACGCAUAUGAUAUCACAUGAAAUUUCAGUGCCAUGGAAUUGAAUCAGUAAAAUUUUGGAUCCAUUUUUAUUCGGGGUCGAAUCAAAAAAGACCA